CACAAAAUGCAAUAUUUAUGAGCACAAGAGCAAACAUUAAUGUAGAUGAUUAACCAAAAAAAUGAAGAUAUAUCUAAAAUCUGACUCAGACAUCACAAGCCUCGACGAAUCAUCACCGAAACAGCCUACUUACUACGUUCAAAGCCCAUCACGUGACUCCGAAAAGUCUUCUUCGGUGGCACUGACGACUCACCAGACCACUCCCACAGAGUCUCCGUCACACCCAUCGUUUGCUAGCCGUGUAUCUAAUGGCGGUGGUGGAGGAUUCCGGUGGAAGGGACGGAGGAAAUAUCACGGCGGAAGAUGGUCUCCGGCUGAUAAAGAGGAAAGUGGUGAUGGACGGUACGACGAUCUUUACGAGGACAACAGGGGAGUCUCAGUUGUUACUUGUAGACUUAUUUUGGGAGUUGUUGCGACGUUGAGUAUCUUUGUUCUUCUAUGUUCGGUUCUCUUUGGUGCUUCUCAAUCUUUUCCUCCAAUCGUCUACAUCAAGGGUGUGAAUGUGCAUAGCUUUUACUACGGAGAAGGUUCAGACAGUACAGGAGUUCCAACAAAGAUCUUGAACUUUAAAUGUUCCAUGGAGAUCACAAUACACAAUCCUUCGACAUUCUUUGGCAUCCACGUCAGCUCCUCUGCCAUCAGCCUCAUCUACUCUCGUCAGUUCACGCUUGCGAUUGCGCAUUUGAAGAGUUACUACCAACCAAAGCAAAGCAAUCACACGUCCAUGAUCAACCUCGUUGGCUCCAAGGUUCCACUAUACGGAGCAGGAGCCGAGUUAGUUGCUUCAGACCAUAAUGGCGGAGUUCCCGUGAAGUUAGAGUUCGAGAUCCGAUCACGAGCCAAUAUUGUCGGACACUUGGUCAAGUCUAGACAUCGGGAACACCUCUCUUGCUUCUUCCUUAUCUCUUCCAACAACACAACGUUUGUAAAAUUCACCCACAAGACUUGUACUUGAUAGAUAUAUUUCUUCUUUUUUUGUUGUUGUGUAAUUUAACAGGUUCCCUUUGUUUUGUUUUUUGGUUGUUUGAUAUAUAUAUUUUAAAGAAAUAAACCCGUUAAAAACGGUUAGUUU